AUGAAGCUUUUCCGGUCUCAAUUCUGCGAAGCUGUCCUCGCACUUGCGUUGGUAGCAAUGCAGCCGACACACGUCGAUGCGUGCACAGCUAUUGCUGUUACGAGAGGCGCAAGUGCUGAUAAUUCGACGUUGAUUGCUCACACAGACGAUGCUGGUGGCGGUGCUGCAGAUCUGCGUCUUGUGCGUGUUCCCGCUCAAGAUCAUGAGGCGGGUAGCAAGCGUGCCGUCUACAACUUCAACGGUGGGUAUCCAAGAGUGGUGGUGCCGGACCGCGGAGUCCACUACCAGCCUGUCAAGGACCCAGAGGUUGGCAAGACUCAGGAAUACUCGAUGCCUCUGGGUUACAUCCCGCAAGUGGAUCACACGUACGCGUACUUUGAUCAGGAUUACGGCAUGAUGAACGAAGUACAGCUUAGUAUCGGUGAAAGCACAUGUGGCGCUAAGACGGUCGGUUGGCCAUUGAAUGUGUCUGGCGGUAAGAAUCUCUUCGGUAUUGCUGAGCUCACAAAGGUGGCGUUAGAACGCUGUGCGACUGCACGCUGCGCCGUCGACACUAUGGGCACUUUAGCUGAGAAGUACGGUUUCUACAGCGAAGAUAGCGGUGAGAUGGCAAAGCCGGACUAUGGCGACUCGGCCGAGGCUCUUGUGGUGGGCGACAAGCUUGGGGAGGUAUGGGUCUUCCACGUAAUGACCGGUAAAGACAACGCUGGUGCUGUGUGGGCGGCGCAACGUGUACCCGAUGGCCACGUGACUGUCGUUGCCAAUGGAUUCAUCAUUCGUGAGAUCGACUUAAGCCAGCCUGAUUGGUUUAUGGCAUCGGCUAAUGUGCUUUCGCUUGCCGAGGAAAUGGGCUGGUGGGAUGCUAAAGGUGACAAGCCAUUCGACUUCACAGCCGCCUAUGGCUUCGCUGAUAAGGAUGCAAUAGGUCCGCUCUACACCGGUCGUCGUGUGUGGCGUGUGUUUGACGUUCUGGCUCCGUCACUGCAACUCGAUGCGCGUCUUGGUAGCUUCUCGCAGUACGCGACCUACCCGUUUUCCAUCAAACCUGAUUGGCAUGUAAAGACUCAUCAGAUUAUGGACUUGCUACGGGAUCACUACGAAGGAACGAGCUACGAUAUGAGUAAGGGUUUAGCUGCUGGGCCGUUCGGAGCACCUGUACGGUGGUCAGGUAGCGCUGGUGGUGUCGUUGGCGGCUGGGAACGCCCGAUCUCCAUGUACCGUACGCUAUUUGCAUUUGUCCUUCAGAGUCGUAGCGAUACGGGAUUCGAUGCUAUAGGUGGUGUCGCUUGGUACGCACAAGACGCCCCACACGGCUCUGUCUUCGUUCCGUUCUCCUGCGCGCAGGAAUCUGUCCCGGAGUCGUAUUUACUGGGCCGACAGAGCAAGUUCCACCCACAGUCUGCUUGGUGGGCCUUCAACUUCGUCAACAACUGGAGUCUACUACGGUACAACGCCAUGAGAAUCGACAUCCACGGUAAGAUCGACUUGUUGCAGAAAGCUGCCUUCUCUCUGCGUAAGAACAUGGAGAAGGAAGAGCACGACACACGACGCUCGAAGACUGAGCUAGUGGCUCGCGUCGAAAGCAGAAGUAACGAGUUUGCGGAGCAGGUGGUGAGCGAGUGGUGGCAGCUUGCCUGGACGCUGAUUGCCAAAUACAGUGAUGGCUACAUGACGACAGGUGAGGCGCCAGAGCAGCAGGUAUCCAUUGGAUACCCUGCUUGGUGGCUGCAGGCCAGUGAGUUCGCAAAGUGGCCAGGUGACACGUUCAAGCCCAAGGCCAGCAUGCGCAAACAACUCGUAGGCGUCGACAGCGUGACUGCUCAGGGCUUCGUCAGUCAGGCAGCUGUGGCUAACAGCGUUGAGGUGGGGAGCCAAAGCUUUCCUAUCGCUAUCGCGUGGGUUAUCAUGGGCGCAGUGCUAGGUGCUGGUAUGUUGGCUUUCGCUAAGAAAGAGAGCCGUCGUGCCGGCUACAACGCCGUGUAG